AAAACAACAAACUAGAGCCUUCAAAUAAAUUUUAUGAAGUAGAAAAUCAUUUUUCCCUUACUGAAACCUAGUGAAGUGAAGAUAUAAAAUAUCAGAAAUUGGAAAUACUCAAUCAGUGCACUUAAAGUGAGACUGUGGCUAAAUGACAGCUAUGGGAUAAUGAUAGGGAUUAUGCUAAGCUAUUGUAACAAUAGCACAAGUGGAGAAGUGAUGUCAUGUUUUACUUUAGCUUUAAAUACAACAGCACAUGAAUCCGUGUACUUACACACGAUGUAUUAAUCUCAUCUAGCUGUUCAUAUUCUGUAAAGAAUGAAUUACAGAUUAUUUUAUUUCAUGAAAGCCUCGUAUUCACGCGGCACAAUUCAAUAUCCUUUUGGUGUAAAUAUAAUGAGAGUCAGAGCAGUAAAUACCCGCCACAUCACUGUAAACAUUAAUGCUCCAUUUAAGUGACCUCCUCCUCCUCCUCCUCUUCCUCCUCUUCAUAUAAACCACAGGGAAACCCCUCUCAGAGCAUUAGGGACUCACUCAGCUGGAGCUUACUGAGACAGACGGCAGCAGAGACACUCAGAAGGCAGCAGAUGCAAAUGUCGCUUCGGGAUUUAACAAUCAAAUGUUUGUGUCAUGCCCGAAUUAAACCUCAUGCAUCUGGACUCGGUCUGUCGUACACUUUAUCUGCUCUCAGCAGGCUUAUUGAGAGUGUAAUAAUAAAAUACCGUCGAGUGCAACUGCAGCGCGAGUUUCUGCUGAGCUGCUUCAGUUGUCCUUGUUAGACUUAUGGGACAGUUUUUAAGUGACUCUCGGAGGGACAUGUCUGAAGCUGAUGAGAGGGCGUAAAAGCGACUUUCCGGGAAGAAAUCGACUCGUUUAACUUUGUGUUUUUGGGGUGUUGCAAAACGGGUUCAGUCCCACCGCUGUCGGUUAAUCCAGCUCAUCCUGAUUUUGUCGCCGGUACGAUGCUGUCGAGUGUGCGCCGGCACAGCCUCCGCCUGCAGACCGAGCUCCACCGGUGGAGCAUCUGCGACCCCGGCAGUCAUCUGCUCACGGACAGCUUCCUGACCCGGGUACCCGCCUGCAUCUCCCGCUCCAAGUCCUGCAACAGCUCAGCCGGGGAGUCGGACGGGAGCCGCGGGAGCUGGUCGUCCUCAGACUCGGUCAUCUCCACAGACUCCGCUGGGGAUUCGGCUGAACCCGGGAGCCCGUACCGGGUGGUGCUUUUAGGGGCCAGCGGGGUCGGGAAGACGGCCUUCGCCAGCAUCUUCGCCGGGGCAGCAGACAGUAUGGACAGUGAUGACAGCGAGCUGUGUGGAGAUGAAGUGUGUGAACAAGAAAUUGAAGUGGAUGGAGAGCCAGCUACACUAAUUCUGCUGGACACAUGGGAUGUAGAGACUGACAGUGAAUGGACUCAGGAGCUCUACAUGCAGACAGGUGAUGCCUACCUGUUGCUGUACUCUGUGACUGACCGGGCCUCGUUCCUGCGAGCCUCGGAGCUCAGGAUAACCCUGCGCCGCUUCCGUCCUGCCCAGCACACACCAAUCAUUCUGGUGGGGAACAAGUGUGACCUGGUGCGACGGAGAGAGGUGUCAUUCAGUGAGGGUCGUGCCUGCGCUGCUGUGUUUGACUGCAAGUUUAUCGAAACCUCAGCCGCCAUGCAGCACAACGUCUGGGAGGCUUUUCGCGGCAUAGUGCGGCAGCUGCGUCUACGUCGAGACUCCAAGGAAGCCAACAGGCGUCGCAGGCACAUAAACUGCAACACGCGCGGCGAGAGUCUUCCCGUGAAGGCCAGACGCUUCCUGGACAAGGUGGUGGCAAAAAACAAUCCCAGUGUGGCGUUCUGGCUGAAAUCUAAGUCCUGUCAUGAUCUGUCUGUGCUGUAGGAGACAGACACACAUUUUCUCUAUGCUAAACCUUUGAGCAGGUGAAGUUAAAGCCUGGAGAGCAUAACAUGUGGACAUGGCCUGGCGGGAGGCCUGCCUCUAAAGAAGUGUUCACAUCCAAACUUGGCACAGCUUGCCUGGGGCACAUGAGAGGUGUUUGUGACAUUUCUGCACUGCCAACCAUACGUUUCAGUCAGAAGAAGACUGAGCUCAGAUCGUCCGCCUGUGUAAUGGACUGGUGGUGAAGCGACGUCUCCAGACGCAGAAACUCUAAUGUCUGCACGGCGUGAAUGUUGGAGGUUAGAGCUCAACUGAUGGAAGUUGACAGAAUUAAGUGAUGCUUGUUGGCUUCUAUGUUGUGAGCAAAUGACAUUAAUAUUAGCCUCGUCUCUCCCUUCUGUUCUCUUUUGCUCUCAUUCCUGCCAAACGUGUUGUCCAUUGAGCCCCAAGUGCUAUCACUGCCAGCUGUAAGCUAUUGAUGAUUAAUGUUGUUUUCUGUAUGACGAUCAUUUAGUUGUUUGUUACUUUUUAUUUAUGAUGUGUUGUAUUUUGCACUCGCUGUAAAUAAAAAAACAGAUUGGGAAUCUAAUAUAUUUUGCUACUUGUGUGCCUCAGUGCUGCUUGGUGAAAGAAAGUGACAUCAUCCAAUUUGGGAAUAAAAAAAAAACUGUCCCUUUUGUCUGUCAUCUCAACCUUGCUAAUGAGAUGUUACCACGGUUGACUCAGCAUGGACACAAAAGAGAGACACUCACACAAACAGGGUUUAGCGGCAACGCAACUGAGCCGAUAAAAGAUGAGUCAGGUGGUGACAUUAAAGCUGAACUUUCAGAAACGAAAUUAGUCCCCUAUGUGUCUGUGACAACGGAUUGAGCACAAUGAUUUGACUGCUCAGGGACUGAUCGCAGAUUUGGGUCACAGCGAACAUCAUGCAUUGAACACUAAGUGCCGCCCGCUCGGAUCCCAAGCUUUGUUUUGUUGAAAAAGCAGUAAACAUUCAAAAGAGCCCAGGCAGAUGAUGCUGGUGCUUGUUGGCCAGAAUAUCUUUCAGGCUGCCUGCCUACAAGAUCAAGCCUGAUGGAGCCUUCCAACUGAAUUAAUGGCUUCAACCACUGAAACAUCAACAGUGCACUCACAGGUUCUGAUUAAAUAGCGGUCCUGUGAAACGGUGACUCACUCGCAUCCUGUUUUUCUUACAGUUGCAGAUUCACACAAAUCUCUGCCUUGCUACCAAGUAGCUUUCUACAGGCUGUAAAGCUCACUGCUUUCAGCCCUGGAUGGUAAUGUGCACAUCACGAUAGAUGGAAGAUAAUCCCAGCUAUAUGUGAGGUUGAGUCAUGAAGAUAAAGGAUGAACACCCGGGUGACAGACAUAGGCUGACAUCCCCUUUCAGGGUCACCUUUAAAGCACUUCUGUUGCAUUCAUUUGUACACUUUACAGAGGUGGAAGAGCUUAGAGAGAACCGAGAUCUUAAACUGCAACUUUAAAGUUUUAUGACAUGUGCCUUGUCCUACUGAGUCACCCUCAUGACCCCAUAGCUUUGUAUUCUCGUGAAGCAUUGGAUUGCCAGUGUAAUCUGUUCGCCCCAUUGUCUACACACAGGUCCUUAUCAGGCGCUGCUACUAAAGACAAAUCUGAGAGGAAACAGUGCAGAGGUGUGUAGGUCAAAGUCUGAGGGGAAAUACGAACCUUAAAUGCUGAAUGGUAUAUUUCUAGAGAAAAUGCUCACACUAUUAUACAGUUUUUUGUUCAAAUGUUUGUCUUUUUUGUUCACAAGUCACACACGUGCAGUCUUAAAAGUACAACUCUUGAGUUAUGUUGUUUUUCCCAACUACGACUGUAACUCACCAACAGGACUCGAACUAGAAGCAUUUGAGGAUUUAUGCCAAAUCAGUGACAUAUACAAGUGCAUUAAUAAUCGAUUUGUCUUUCAC